GGACGACGGCCUUUGACCUCGGCAUUCCAGCGAGCGACAUCCGGGGUUCAGGCCCACUGUUGCCAGAGGCGCCCUGGUCCGCACCUAACGGUGACUGAUCAGCUGGGGAAAGCGCUGGCGUUGGUGAAUCACCUGCUCCGCUCGGUCUCGCUUGCUGGACGACGGCCCCGGCGGCCUGCGACGUCGACAUCGACUCCGACACCGACAUAGUCCGCGAGCGUCGUCCGGGUUCAGGACCACAGCGAUCUGUCCUCCCCGGUCCGCAUAUCCUAGGGUGUGUUGGUCAGCCGGGAUGAGCACUGCGCUGUGGAGUCAACCUGCUCGCGCGGACGCCUCGUGGACUCGACGGCAACAACGACCGCGCGACUUCGACUUCGACUUCGACUUCGACUUCGACUUCGACUUCGGCGCCGUCCGCAAGCGUCGUCCGGGCCAUGUCUGUUUGCUCGUGGUCACUUGGGAACUCGAGUACUGCCAGCGUCCGUUCUGGAGGUCGCUCAUCCGUCCGGCCAUUCCUUCAGAACGCGUCAAGCACAUCGAACUAAGAAAUGACAAUCGACGCGACUCUGAUAACUCUCUUACAUGCAUGCUCAAGCACCUCUUGGACGAGGAGGACACGGAGCACGCGUUUGUGCCGUUCGACAAACGCACUACUCAUCAAGAACACGGGCGGCCUCAGCACGCUUCAGAUGUACGCGAUCGUCGACGAGACGCUCCUGCAAUUCAAGGCCGAUGGCCGCAUCAUCCCGAAAUUAUCCCCGCUCGCGCCUUCUGCGGCGCAUUAUUCAACACGCUGAACGCCUACGGUCUCUCCCUCUCCCUCCUCAACCUCUGGCACAUCGCGAUGACCACCCGUCUCUCCGCGGCUGCUUGCAUAGCCAACGUCGCCAUGUGUCUUGCCCGACCCGUCCAAGUUGCCGGUCUCAAGUGGUACGGGCUGGCACUUCUGGAGUAUUACUUCACUCGCCUCACCCACGUCGCUCACCUCUCUCGGUUUGUCAUCUCUCCGCCCUGCCGUCUCAGAAACUCGCUCGCGCUGUCCCUGUAAGCGCACCUCGUUCACGAUCCUGCUGGCGCCACCGCCUUCCCCCAGCACCAGAUUCUCGUGCGCGUCGAGAUGCACCUCUUCACCUGAAGCCCCCGCUCUCAGACUGACACAACCCCGCGGUCUGCUUGCCCGGAUGGAGCCCACCCAGGGACCGUCUGGUAGCUGUACCUGCGCUUCUAGGUGGGCUAGAGCCUCUGCCUUUCGAAAACGCCGUAUGUGUCU